UUUCUGGGUUGGUUUAGGAGAUGUUACUUGAAUGAUCUUCACUUUUAAUGGUUUUUCUUCUGUUGUUAAUUGCUGUAAAUAUAUUGGCUUCGCUUGAUUGAGCUAAAAUUACACAAUAUUAUCAGCCUUUUGUUUUGACUGCAAAAUUGCAUGAACAGAUUUUGUUUCGUGUUAUGUUAUUUAUGGAAGAACCGGUAGUAUAUGUGCCAAUUAGGUUAAGUAGGUGUUGAUUUGAAUCACCAAUGGAACUUGAUCUUCCAUAGGAAGCUAUUAGAGGAAUUGGUUUUGGAAAUGAUUACGAGAUUUCUUAUCUUUGUGGUUUUCCUUGUACAAAGAGUUGAUCCUGUCUGGGAUGAACACAAUGAAACUUGUAAUGCCUGAUCAGAGUUUCUUGCUGCGGUUUUUUUGUGUUUUUAUUUCGAGUAGAUACGUUUAUGUUUUAGUGUUUGCAGGUCAGAAUGGAUCACCAAGGGCAUGGACAGCCCCCAGCGAUGGGAAUGUCGUAUGGCACUGGCCCGUAUCAAAACCAAGUGACUGGUGGCCCGAAUCCCGGGUCAAUCAGAGGCAUUCAACCGACAAAUCAGCCAACUGGAGCUCAACUUGCAGAACAGCAACUUGCUUAUCAGCAAAUCCAUCAGCAGCAGCAACAACAACUUCAGCAACAACUUCAGACAUUUUGGGCGAACCAGUAUCGAGAAGUCGAGAAAGUUACGGAUUUCAAGAACCACAGUCUUCCCUUGGCAAGGAUCAAGAAGAUCAUGAAAGCCGACGAAGACGUGAGGAUGAUAUCGGCCGAGGCCCCAGUCAUUUUCGCCAGGGCAUGUGAAAUGUUUAUCCUGGAAUUGACAUUGCGUUCGUGGAAUCACACGGAAGAGAACAAAAGGAGGACGCUUCAGAAAAACGACAUCGCGGCGGCGAUUACUAGGACCGACAUAUUUGAUUUCUUAGUCGACAUAGUUCCCAGGGAGGAUUUGAAAGACGAAGUUCUUGCAUCAAUUCCACGAGGAGCAAUACCCGUCGGAGCGCCUGCUGAUGCACUCCCGUACUACAUGCCUGCCCAACAUGCACUCCAAGUUGGGACUCCGGGGAUGAUAAUGGGGAAACCGGUUGUCGACCCUGCUUUGUAUGCACAGCAACCUCACCCCUACAUGGCCCAGCAGAUGUGGCAACCGCCGGAUCCCGAGCAACAGCAGUCAUCAUCUGAUCAUUAGCAGCUCUAAUAGCAUAGAAGGUAGAGAAGGCAAUUACAGUGUUGUAAAUUGCUUUUAGUUGCAGUUUUCAUUCCCUGGGGUAUUCUUAUAUUUGCUUUGCUUUUGUAAAUUGGUGACAAGACAUGUUCCUUUAGACAUCUCUGAGAAUGUUGUACGGAAUAAGGAGGCUUUCUAUUUUCGUUGAAGUAAUAAGUUGGUUACUUA